GUUGCCAUUUUCAAAAGAAAGAGAAAAUGAGAGGGAUUAGUAGAAUGGUCGUAAGCUCUUUUGUGGGUUUUGUUCUUGUUUUGACAACUUUGUUGGCGGUUGUUCCCACGACGGAGGCUCAGCUCCGACGAGAUUUCUAUGCCGAUGUAUGCCCUAAUGUUGAGAGUAUAGUUCGAAGCGCUGUGACGAAGAAGUUCAAACAAACGUUUGUUACUGUUCCUGCUACUGUUCGCCUCUUCUUCCAUGAUUGCUUUGUUCAGGGAUGUGAUGCGUCAGUGAUGAUCGCUUCAGAUGGAAGCAACACGGCAGAGAAGGAUCAUCCUGAUAAUCUUUCGUUAGCCGGUGAUGGAUUCGAUACUGUUAUCAAAGCUAAAGCAGCAGUUGACGCUGUGCCGGGAUGUAAAAACAAAGUCUCAUGUGCUGAUAUUCUCGUCAUGGCUACUCGAGAUGUCAUUUCAUUGGCGAGAGGACCUUCAUAUGCAGUGGAGUUGGGAAGAAAAGAUGGGCUUGUUUCCAGGGCUUCAGAUGUCGAAGGAAAAUUGCCUCAACCAACCUUUAAUCUCAAUCAACUUAAUGCUAUGUUUGCUGCCAAUGGUCUUUCUCAAGCUGACAUGAUUGCUCUCUCUGCGGCACACACCGUAGGAUUCUCCCAUUGCAGCAAAUUUGCAGAUAGAAUAUACAAUUUCAGUCGUACAAAUCCAGUUGAUCCAACGUUAAAUCCGACAUAUGCAAAAAAGCUUCAAGAGAUGUGUCCCAAAGAUGUGGAUCCAAGGAUAGCCAUUGACAUGGAUCCAAACACCCCUAGAAGGUUUGAUAAUAUGUACUUCAAAAAUCUCCAACAAGGAAUGGGCCUUUUCACUUCUGACCAAAUCCUCUUCACUGACCCAAGGUCUAGGUCCACUGUCAAGGUUUGGGCUCAUAGUGGUCAAACCUUCUACAAAGCCUUCAUUAAUGCCAUGACCAAGUUGGGUCGGGUCGGUGUCAAGACCGGAUCCGAUGGUAACAUUCGUACUGACUGUGGUGUUUUCAACUCUUGAACAUAAAGAGAAGAGUUUGGAUUAAGAGCGAAGUUGUAAAGUUUGAAAAGUUUUAGGCUUUUAAUUUUUGUGACUCAAAAUUACAUAAAUUGAUGUUUUUUAAGUCGUGAGUCCCACGACGAACUACUUCAAACUUUUAUUUUCCUUCGAUUCCUUUGAGAAAGAACAGUUAAACCGACUUUAAAGUUUUGGGAUUGUUGUUAUUAUUAUUAUUAACGUGGAUUGGAAUAAAGGGAGUUAAGAAAAAGAGAGGGAGAGAGAGAGAUGGCUAUUUGUACAAAAAAUAGUUUCAUAUUCUAAUUUGAUUUUCAUUCUUUGUUCAAUCACAUGGUGUCAUGUGUUGGAUUGAUGUACUUUUCUUGUAAGCAAGUAACAAAUGUGGGUGUCGUUAAUGAAAAUAUUUUGAAUUCUAUAA